AUCUGCUUAAUGUGAACCAUAUGAAGCCCAAAUGAUGCUUAGUCAUGGACCAAAGAGUAGGUAGGAGGGAAUUUAUGGACACUUCCUAUUGGCUGCUGGAGGAUGAGGAAAAAAAAGUUAAACUUCUUGCAAAACUUCGACCCUCUCUAGUUGAGGGAAGUCUAGAUCCAAAGAGCUAUGUCCCAUACCAAGCCUGUACUUCAUGGAUACUUCAGAAGUUCCUGCUCCUGGAGGGUCCGCAUUGCUUUUGCUCUUAAAGGAAUUGAAUAUGACCAAGUUCCAGUUAAUCUCAUCAAAGAUGGAGGGCAGCAGCUUACAGAGAAGUUCAAAACAUUUAACCCCAUGCAGCAAGUGCCUGCUGUUGAAAUUGACGGCAUCACCCUCUCACAGUCAUUGGCAGUGAUCCAGUACAUUGAUGAGACCAGACCAGGACCUCGUCUACUUCCAGCAGACCCAAAGGCACGUGCCCAGGUUCGAAUUAUAAGCGACCUCAUUGCCUCAGGGAUACAGCCUCUGCAGAAUUUGUCCGUGCUUCAAAAAAUAGGAGCAGAGAAGGUGCAGUGGGCACAACACUACAUUAAUCGUGGUUUUCAAGCAUUAGAGCCAAUUCUGAAGCAGACAUCAGGAAAAUACUGUGUAGGUGAUGAGAUCUCCAUGGCAGACAUCUGUCUGGUCCCACAAGUCUAUAAUGCAGGAAGGUUCAAAGUGGAUGUAGAGCAGUAUCCAACUAUCAAAAGGUUAAAUGAGACCUUGCUUGAGAUUGAAGCUUUUAAAGUGAGCCACCCAUCUCGCCAACCGGAUACACCUGAUGAUCUUCGUGCAUAAAAACAGCAACUUGAGAAAUGUACAGUGUUAAAUAAAGGGCUUUAAAAGUAA